AAACCCAAAUUCCAUGGCUGGCGUUAACUAUCUUCUUCCUCACAAUUCCGCGUGAUUCAUUCCUGUUCCGAUUGCGAGUGGAGGCAAUCAACUAUUUUAAAAUAGAUCUAAACUUCAAAAAAUUCUCCAUCGUGGAAAACCAAACCAACAAUAGCAAGCUUUCUUUGACGAUUUAUUACUGUACCAUGGCAGCUUUUCUAUUCAGUGCCUGCGGCGAGCUCUGCAAUGGAGUCUCUGAGGUCUGCAGUCAUGUCUGUACCAAGCCCUGUCAACUUUGUGGCAAACUCUGCGAUGGCUUUUGUGACGGCUUGGAGAAUUGCUGCAGUUUCCUGGGCGAAGGCUUGUCCAAUGGUUGUGAGGCGUUCUGGCGGUCCAUUGGGGAGCUCUACAGAACUCCCUUUAGCAUCUAUGUGACUGUGGCUGUCAUAUUCAAUCUGCCUUCAGUUUACUAUGGAAUGAUGCAACUCACUGACUUGGAUUGCAAGGGCUCCCAAUGGCUGUGUGUCAAUGCAAUACUGUGCCUUUUAAACGCCGCUGCAGCAUUCUACAUGGCUGUGGCCGUGACACGUGAUGAACCAUUAUACUCCUCGGAACAGAUACCAAUGGUAGCAGCCAGAGAACGACCCAGUUCGUUAUUUGGCAGAGCAGGACACAUGUUCUGUUAUGAUCCGUGGAUUGCUGCCUACAUUCUUGUCCUGAUCGCUUUCUUGGUGUGGUUGUGGAUGGGGGUCAUUUGGACUUUGGAUGGCAGAGCAGCUGAAGGAUGUAAUGGCGACACUGUUGGGGGCACCAUUGCACUUACCCUCGGACUUGGCUGGGCCUUUUUCGUGUUUGGUAUUGGGGCACUUUUGAUUGGCAUGUGCUGGGCCUACUGCAACGACUACAGUACGCCUCCCGAACCGGUUGUGCCAUCGUCUACGGCUCCAUCGUAUGGUGCUACAACAGGUACCGUCCCAGUCACCGCUACCGCGACGCCCCUUGUCGGUGCACAAACUGGUAUUGCAACAGCUACGGCUACCCCUAUUGCCAAGAAGGAGUAAAUCAUCGAAACCAUCAUGAAUCCGAUUGUAUCAUUCAACAAUUAUCAUCAUCUUUCAUUUCCUGGACUACCCAAAAUGAUCUUAUCAAACGUCCUGGGUACCUCUCUGCACGACUACAUGUACGUGUAGAUUAAGUUGAGUUGGAAGUGGAAUCCCAUGUAUCAAUGCCAAGCAUGCCAAGUAUCCGCAAGGGCAAACAUGCAGCUGCCUAGAUGUCUUCCAAUACUGUAAUCUACAAUGGCAUCAAUGUAUUUCUGAGAGAAAACUAUCAGUCGUCGUUAGCAGUGACUUGGAUACUGUAGACAGUUUCGUCUUCCAUGUAGAGAACGUAGAUGAGCUGUCCUCCAAG